AGAUUAGAUAAUCAUAACAUAUCCAUAUCGAUAUGAACAGUAACAGUACGGAUGGCAACAAGUCGGAUUUUUUCAGUGACGCUGAAAAACCUGCAUUUUAUGAAUUUGUACAUGGGCUUUAUAUUUACGUUAUACCUAUGAUCGUGGUAAUUGGAAUGAUCUGUAAUAUUUUAUCUUUCAAAGUGUUUGUGUUUACCAGCUUUAGUCGCCAUCCAUCAAGCAUUUUUCUGGCAUUACUGAGCGUUUCAGAUACUUUUUUUCUCCUUGCAUUAAUAUUUACAUGGAUGGGAACAUUAAAGAAAGCAAGAAUUGACACUGGUGGAUUAUGUUUAGUAACAAUAUACAUAACGUAUGUCACGAGUUUCCUCUCUGUUUGGUGUGUUGUUCUGAUCAUGCUUGACCGAUUUAUUAUAAUUUGUUUUCCGUUACGACGACCACGAGUCUGCUCAAACAAAAUGGCGAAAGGUACUGGCAUCGCAGCUACUGUAUUUGCUAUCUUAAUUUAUAGUCAUUGUUUCCUGACCAUCGAAGUUGUGCCCGGACAUGGUUGCAGAGUUAAACAGCAAUAUUUCGGGUUUUUAGCCAUGGUUACAUAUAUAGAUACUGCUAUUACUUUUGUCAUUCCCUUCAUAGCCAUUUUUGUUUUAAAUAUAUACGUAAUUUUGAUAAUAAGGAAAUUUAAUUUCAAGCACGCAAAACCAAGGGUCAUCAAAUACUAUUCACCGACGUACAAUGUUUUAUCUGUUGCACAAAUGAGAUUGACAAUAAUGUUGACUAUUGUAUCAAUUGUAUUUUUGGUUCUCAACUUACCGAGCCAUGCUAUUAGAUUUUACAUAAUCGUUAAUGAUUUAAUUGCAAACAACGAUAUGGUAUUAUUUCUCGCUCAACAAUUCUGUCAGAUUUUGUAUUAUGUAAACUUUGCCAUUAACUUUACAAUUUACUUUGUGUCCAGUAAUACAUUCCGAAGAUGCAUUAAAGAAAGAGUAAGGUGUAUGAGAUACCAAUAAUUGCAACAACAAAAACGAACAGACUAUAAUUUACAAGUAGUAACAAUCCUAUAUUUUAUACUGAUAAGAUAGAAGCAGUUCAGUGAAUAUUAUCAAUUCUGUA